AUGCAUCAUUUCCACCAUUUACCCACGCAAGACAACAUCAUUAGCACAAACCUCUAGUUGUCCGUUUCAUGACGGGAUCAGCUAUGAUGGAGUCAAUGGAGUGUUGUGUCCCACCUGGGUUCCGGUUCCAUCCGACGGACGAGGAGCUUGUAGGGUAUUACUUGAGAAAGAAAGUCGCAUCGCAGAAGAUCGAUCUUGACGUUAUCAGAGACAUUGAUCUUUACAGAAUCGAACCAUGGGAUCUCCAAGAGAGAUGCAGGAUCGGGUAUGAAGAGCAAAACGAGUGGUACUUUUUCAGCCACAAGGACAAGAAGUAUCCGACAGGGACGAGGACUAACAGAGCGACAAUGGCGGGAUUCUGGAAGGCGACCGGAAGAGACAAGGCCGUGUAUGAUAAGUCUAAACUUAUUGGGAUGAGAAAAACACUUGUCUUCUACAAAGGAAGAGCCCCAAAUGGCCAGAAAACAGAUUGGAUCAUGCAUGAGUACAGACUUGAAUCAGAUGAGAAUGGACCUCCACAGGCAAGCAUUUACAUUUACAUAUACAUGUUAUCAUCUUCUUCAUGUCAAGUCACUGAUUGGAGAGCUCUUGACAAGUUUGUUGCUUCACAAUUAAGCCAAGAAGACCAAUAUGAUCAUGGAGGACACAAUCAUGGAGCCUCAUCGUCGAACUUUGGAAUUGAUAAUAUAAGUAUUUCAAGCAGUGAGAUGGAUUUGUUGUUAUUGCAGAGUAGAAGAGAAGAAGAGAAUAAGCUAAAUGGAUUCUUGAAUAUUUCAAGCUCAGACUGCGAUAUUGGAAUAUGUGUAUUUGAGAAAUGAUGAUGAUGAUGAUGGAAGAUCUAUUGGUAGUAUUAUAUGAAUAUUCGAUGGAUAAUGGAUCGAACAUAUAUAUAAUAUUCUUGUAAAAAAAUAUGGUUGUGAAUGAGUGAAAAAUUCUCUCUCUGAAUUCAACAAUUCAUAUCGAUUCUAAUUAUUCGAUGGAGAAAAAGAUUAUGCAAGAGAAGAAUAAAUUAG